AUGUUGAUGGAAUGUUUUCCGGGAAAGUCGUACUUGGAGCGUGAGAUCGACGCAACGGCCGAGCAAAAGUAUUAUGUGAUCAGUCAAGUCGCAGGUUUCAUGAUCGAGCUAGGCAAGCAUCCAUUAUCGAAAGCGGGAUCCCUCGCUUGGAGGAAUGAAAAACCUGAAAUCUCAGCCAUUGCGAGUAACGGUUUUCUUGUCCUGGAUAGAUACGGCCCAUUUGACGAUGCUUUGCAAUAUUUCAAAAGCAUCGCAGAUCAGUACCUUGAUUUGAUUGCCGAUAGCCGGCUUUUCGCCGCUAUGUGCACCAAGCAGGCGCCCAGGACUUUCUAUCUUAAGCAUGUCGAUGACACAGGGGGUCGCUUGCUCGUCGAUGAGAACUACAAUAUCACUGGGAUCAUCGAUUGGCAGUUUGCGAGGUUCGUCCCUUCCUGCGAAGCAUUUGGCAUAUCACUAUUUACGGCCGACCUGCAUGGCCUCUACUCAGAACUCGCUGGCCUUUCGGAUCUCGAUAAGAAGUUGAUUGAUGAACUGCGUGCAAAACAGAGGCUAGAUCUCCCUGAAUUAGCUGAAACGGGGAAGCUUGCGAAGAGAUUCCUGUUUGGCCUUUGCCAUGGAUUGGAUAAGAAGCUCUUGUUAUAG